AAGAAGAAGAAGAAGCUUCUUUAAUUUUAAUUGAAAUCGGUUAGGAAAAUAAAUUGAGCUUAAAUGCCGUUAAGUUAUGGUGAAAAUGAUCAACGUCAUGUGUUUUGGCAGCUAGGUUUGGGGUUCCGCUACACGAUGAUAUCAUUGAUGUUACGAUAAUUCAAUGGAGGAAGAGCAGGAUCGAAUUUUGCUCACUAGUUUGGGCGUAAAAUCUGCCAAUCCCGAAGACAUUGAGCGCGACGUUUUGGAAAAGGCUAGGAAUGAUGCAGUGAUUGUUACUGAAGCUGAAGGGAGCACCAAGGAAGAGUGUUCUCAUUUAUCUGAAAAUGUUGUUGAUCCAUCAUCUAUUUCCAAAGCAGAACUUCAUCAGAAGUUGAGGGCAGUAGAAUUUGAAAUAGAUGCCGUCGCUUCGACUAUUCAGCCCUCGAGAAAUGAUGAUAAUAAUGGAGAAUGUAGUGAUGUUGGUGAGGGAAGACCGGAGCAAGGGAUUUCUGAGGGUGAUUCCUCCGAGGAAUUGAACCUUCAGCGUGUUCUCGCUGCCGAUAGGUUGAGGAGCCUGAAGAACACUAAGGCUCAACUAGAGAAAGAGCUUUCAACCUUGUGUAAAGAGGAUAAAGCUUCCCAAAGCGUCGAGCAUGAAGAAAAAGUGAUCUUGAGUUUAGUUAAGGAAGAGCGAAGGCCCAAGAGGCAGCUUAAAGAAGAUAAAAAAUCGCACAAAAGCUCAGGAAAGCGGCUUAAGAAAGUCUCAUUUGAUGACGAUGUUGAUUUUGAUGCUGUUUUGGAUGCAGCCUCUGCAGGCUUUGUUGAAACAGAAAGGGAUGAAUUGGUGAGAAAAGGAAUUUUAACUCCUUUUCAUAAGCUGAAGGGUUUUGAGCGCCGCUUUCAACAUCCUGAAACAUCAAGUAGUAAUAAUGCAGCCGAGGAUGAAAAUAUCAAUGAUCUUGCUUCUUCCAGUGUUGAAAGAGCUGCCAGAUCAAUGUCUGAGGCAGCAAGAGCUCGCCCAACCACCAAGCUGCUUGGGUCUGAAGCUGUACCGAAGCUUGAUGCACCCACUUUUCCUUUUCGCAGGCUCAAGAAACCACUAAUAUUUCCCAAACCUGCAGAUGGAGAGGUGGAGCCGAAUAAAAGUUCAAAAAAGAAAAAGAGACGGCCUUUGCCUGGUAGGAAAUGGACCAAGCAUGUUUCUUGUGAAGAUACACAUCUGGAAGAAAGUCAAAGUGAAAAUGCAAAUGUUUGCUUGGACUCUUCCAGUUGUGAAAAUUUAGAAGCACAAGAUGUUGAACUUGCUGAUCAUGAAUCUUCUUAUGUAACAUUAGAAGGUGGGCUGAAAAUCCCUGAUAACAUAUUUGAAGCUUUGUUUGACUAUCAAAAGGUUGGUGUUCAAUGGCUGUGGGAAUUGCAUUGCCAAAGAUCUGGUGGAAUUAUUGGCGAUGAAAUGGGUCUUGGUAAAACUGUCCAGGUCUUAUCAUUUCUUGGUGCAUUGCAUUUUAGUGGCAUGUACAAACCCAGCAUCAUUGUCUGUCCUGUUACACUAUUGCGACAGUGGAAAAGGGAAGCUAAAAAGUGGUACCCAAAAUUCCAUGUAGAGCUUUUACAUGAUUCUGCUCAAGAUUCUGCUCCUAGAAAGAAGCGAGCUAAAUCUGAUGAAACAGACUGUGAAAGCAAUAGUUCAAGUGAUAAUGAUUAUGAGAGAAGUUUGCCAUCCAAAAGCACAAGAAAAUGGGAAUCCCUGAUAAAUCGUGUCAUGAGAUCGGAAUCUGGAUUACUUAUCACCACUUAUGAGCAGCUCAGAAUAUUGGGAGACCAGUUGCUUGACAUCGAAUGGGGCUACGCAGUUCUUGAUGAAGGGCAUAGAAUAAGGAAUCCAAAUGCUGAAGUUACCCUAGUUUGUAAGCAGCUACAAACAGUACACCGCAUCAUAAUGACUGGCGCACCUAUUCAGAACAAACUGUCUGAGCUGUGGUCAUUGUUUGAUUUUGUUUUUCCUGGAAAGUUGGGUGUUUUGCCUGUAUUUGAAGCUGAGUUUGCAGUUCCUAUAGCAGUUGGUGGAUAUGCAAAUGCUUCACCAUUACAAGUAUCCACAGCAUACAGGUGUGCUGUGGUACUGCGUGAUUUAAUCAUGCCCUAUCUUCUCCGACGCAUGAAGGCUGAUGUGAAUGCCCUACUUCCCAAGAAAACUGAGCAUGUUCUAUUUUGCAGCCUUACAGCUGAGCAAGUAUCUGCUUAUAGAGCAUUUUUAGCAAGCACUGACGUGGAGCAAAUAUUGGAUGGACAAAGGAAUUCUCUUUAUGGAAUUGAUGUGAUGCGCAAGAUCUGCAACCACCCUGACCUACUUGAAAGGGAACAUGCCUUCACGAAUCCAGAUUAUGGAAAUCCAGAACGGAGUGGGAAAAUGAAAGUUGUAGCUCAAGUGCUUAAUGUUUGGAAGGAACAGGGUCACCGUGUUCUUCUUUUUUCUCAAACCCAACAGAUGCUUGAUAUUUUUCAGAAUUUCUUGACAACUUCUGGUCAUGUUUACCGGAGAAUGGAUGGUCUCACUCCCAUUAAACAAAGAAUGGCUUUAAUAGACGAAUUUAAUGCUUCAAGUGAGAUAUUUAUUUUCAUUUUAACAACCAAAGUUGGGGGUUUGGGGACAAAUCUUACUGGUGCAGAUAGGGUGAUCAUCUUCGACCCUGAUUGGAAUCCUUCAACUGAUAUGCAGGCCAGAGAGCGUGCUUGGCGUAUUGGUCAGAAACGGGACGUGACAGUGUAUAGGUUGAUCACACGUGGAACUAUAGAGGAGAAAGUGUAUCACCGUCAGAUUUAUAAACAUUUUCUUACCAAUAAGAUAUUGAAGAACCCACAGCAGAAAAGGUUCUUUAAAGCCCGAGAUAUGAAAGAUCUUUUCACACUGAAAGUGGAUGGAGAAACUGGGUCAACUGAAACGUCAAGUAUUUUCAGUCAAAUAUCUGAAGAAGUAAAUAUCAUUGGGACACAAAGAGAUAAUGAGGUUAACCAUAAACAUAGCCAAACUGCUGAACCGAGCUCUGAAGAUGUUGCAGUUGGUAAUGAUGGCAAAUCACAGAGAGGAUCUUUACGGGGAAAGGGGAAAGAGAAAGUUGAAAGUAAUAAUGAGGUGGAUGAGGAAACAAAUAUAUUGAGAAGUCUUUUUGAUGCCAACGGGAUACAUAGCGCCAUGAACCAUGAUUUGAUCAUGAAUGCCCAUGAUGAGGAGAAGAUGAGACUUGAGGAGCAAGCUUCCCAGGUUGCACAAAGAGCCUCGGAAGCUUUACGUCAGUCACGAAUGCUCCGAAGCCAUGAUAGCAUCUCUGUUCCAACGUGGACAGGAAGGUCGGGUACUGCUGGUGCACCGUCAUCUGUUCAGCGGAAGUUUGGUUCAACUGUGAAUCCCCAGCUGUUAAAUAAUAGCAAAGCAUCUAAUGAAUUAUCCAACCAUGGACCUAACAAAUUCAAUGGACUUGCUGCUGGGGCAUCCUCUGGUAAGGCAUUAUCUUCAGCUGAACUAUUGGCUCGAAUUCGAGGUAACCAAGAAAAAGCCAUUGGUGCUGGGCUUGAACAUCAAUUUGAUAUGGUGUCAAUUUCCUCUAAUCAAGCAAGAUCAAUAGAUGUUCGAUCUUCUAGGGCUAUUGAAAAUUCAUCUGGGUCGCAACCUGAAGUAUUGAUUCGGAAAAUAUGUACCUUUCUAACACAGCAAGGUGGUAGUUCCAAUUCAGCCAGCAUAGUUCAGUAUUUCAAGGACAGAAUUCCCUCGAGAGAUCUUGCCCUGUUCAAGAAUCUGUUAAAGGAAAUAGCAACUCUGCAGAAAGGACCAAAUGGAUCGCAUUGGGUUCUGAAGCCAGACUAUCAAGAAUAGUAAGCUAUUUGUCAAUACUUCAAUGCCAACUGCACAAUACUAGUCACUUACGUUGUUGGAAUCUUCGUUAUGUAAUCUGAGCAGUGAACAUGCAGCUUGCUUUGUCAAGGGUUUUUUUUUUUUUUUUUGGGCUGAUAUUAAGUUUUCGUGGGAUGCAGAACAACACACCUGUAGCGCAUUAGUGGGUUCUUAGAACAAUUUUUUAUACUGAAAAUGGACAAAAUAGACAAACAGGCACCUUUUGUUGUACAGGAAAUUUGUAGGGCCGCUUUUUGUUUUUAUUAUUAUCGUUUUGGUUAUUCUCGAUAAUUCUUAGACAAAAAGUGUGUGUUAGCACAAUUUUGUAUACUGAAAAUGGACAAAAUAGACAGACAGGCACCUUUUCUUGUACAGGAAAUUUGUA